AUCGGUAUAAGCAAUGCUGGCCCUGUAGUUACUUUGUAUCAGAUUCAUUUUGUUGUUGUUGCGUUAGACUUUUAAUUUGUAAACCAUCAAAGGAAGUUGCUUCUUGGAGCAGCUGGUUUGACAAUAUUGCCGCUGCUACAGUUGUGUAUGAGCAAAGGUGAUGCCAACAUCCGCUGAGGGAGAGCCAGAGCGCAGACAAUGAGGGGCUGUUAGAGGAAGGAAAAGCGGUAUUUCUCACUUCCACCUUAUUUUUUCCAUAUCAGGAAAAAACAGCGCAGAGGAUCCAGCCAGUGCGCGCUGAUUGUAGUGUUCAAAACAAGGCGGGGCUGACGCCGCCGUCUGAUUUUGGACAAACCACAAGUAGGUUAGCGCAGACACUAACAGGGGAGAGUGCUGCUGCUACCCCCCGCCGCUGCUUUUGUUGUUUUUUUAUGACAUCUGAAAGUCAAGCAUGAAUUCAGCCGAACAGACGGUAACGUGGCUCAUAACGCUCGGAGUCCUGGAGUCUCCCAAGAAAAGCAUCUCGGAUCCAGAGGCUUUCCUCCAGGCGUCCCUGCAAGAUGGAGCGGUGCUGUGCAGGCUGCUGGAGCGACUCAGACCCGGGACGGUGGACAAAUUUUUCCAGGAGCCGAGGGGCGACAGCGAGUGUCAGAGGAACAUAACCGAGUUUGUUAAAGGCUGCGGGGCUUUCGGUGUGGAGCCUUUCGAGGUCAAUGACCUGCUGCAGGGACUGAACUUCUCUAAGGUGCUAAACUCCUUGGUUGCCCUCAACAAAGCUACUGAAGAUUUGAGUGUUUCUGGGGACACCGUAUGUGUGGCACACUCCUCAACCUCAAGGAUCAAGUCCUUUGACUCUCUGAACACUCAGAGUCGCUCCUUGAAACUGCUGCAGCCUCAGUACCGCAGCCUGGACAUGUCAGAGGGCAGUGGGUGUGGCCAGCUGUUGGUCAGGGCACGCUUCCCCUUCCAGCAGACCAAUGAGGACGAACUGUCUUUCUCCAAGGGUGACCUCAUUAUUGUGACCAGGCAGGAGGAGGGGGGCUGGUGGGAAGGCACGCUGAAGGACAAGACUGGGUGGUUCCCCAGUAACUAUGUACGGGAGCUGAAAGGAAAUGACAAAACGUUAGACAAGCCAAAGUCUGGGACGCUCAAAAGUCCGCCCAAAGGCUUUGAUACCACUAUCAUCAACAAGACCUAUUACAAUGUGGUCCUACAGAACAUCCUGGAGGCAGAGACUGAAUAUUCAAGGGAGUUACAGAGUCUCUUGGGUUCAUACCUUCGCCCACUUCAUCCCACAGACAGACUCAGCAGUGUUGACAUUGGUCACAUUCAGGCAAACCUGGAAGACAUUUCAACCUUUCAGCAAAUGCUGGUUCAGUCUUUGGAAGAGCACACCAAGUCAGUAUAUAUUUAUUUUCUUAGUCUUUACUGUGCAUGUCAUAUUUUUGAGUUUGAGGAGCUGAAAGAGUACAUGGAGUCAAAAGGAGCACCCCCUCCUGGGAUCUUGGCACUGACCACUAGCCUAAGUAAACCCUUCAUAAGACUGGAUAGAUACCCAACCCUGCUGAAAGAACUGGACAGACAUAUGGAAGACCAACACCCUGACAGAGCUGAUCUACAGGCUUCUAUGACAGCCUUUAAAAACCUCUCUGCUCAGUGUAAGGAAAUCAGGAAGAAGAAGGAACUGGUGUUGCAGAUUUUAACAGAGCCGAUCAGAAACUGGGAAGGAGAUGAUAUCCGAACUCUUGGCCCUGUCCUUCACAUGUCCCAGGCCGCAGUUCACUCACAGAACUGUCCGGAGUCAAAUGAAUGCUACCUCCUUCUCUUCCAUCACACUCUGCUCAUGGUCUCUGCCAGCCUGAGAAUGAGUGGAUUCAUCUAUCAGGGGCGGAUACCAUUAUCAGGAAUGCUUAUUUCCAGGAUAGAGGAUGGAGAAAACUUGAAGAAUGCUUUUGAAAUAUCUGGCAGCCAGGGUGAGCGCAUCCAGGUAGCAUGUAACAGUCAGCACGAUCUGCAGGAAUGGCUGGACCUUCUCACUAAACACACCCAUGCUCCGGCUGCAUCCACACACAAGACUCUGUCUGUCUGUCACACACUGCCCUCUCACCCUGUCACUCCCUCUAGAAACUCGGAGUCUCGUGGAGGGAGCAGUGUGAACACUUACCACACCCUUCCCCAUGUCUCCUUGCAUGGGAUGGGAAUCAGCAGCCCUAUGUGGGGACCCCUGGAGCCACCGAGUACCCCCAAACCCUGGAGCUUAAGCUGCCUUCGCCCUGCUCCUCCACUCCGGCCCUCUGCUGCUCUCUGCUACAAGGAGGACAUGAGUAAGAGUCCUAAGAAUGUGAAGAAGCUCCUCCCGAAGAGGAAGCCAGAGAGGAAACCCUCAGAAGAGGACUUCACUGUCAGAAAAAGUACAGCAGCUCUAGAGGAGGAUGCUCAGAUACUCAAAGUCAUUGAAGCUUAUUGUACCAGUGCCAAGACACGACAGACUCUUAACUCCAUCUCCUUGCAUGGGAUGGGAAUCAGCAGCCCUAUGUGGGGACCCCUGGAGCCACCGAGUACCCCCAAACCCUGGAGCUUAAGCUGCCUUCGCCCUGCUCCUCCACUCCGGCCCUCUGCUGCUCUCUGCUACAAGGAGGACAUGAGUAAGAGUCCUAAGAAUGUGAAGAAGCUCCUCCCGAAGAGGAAGCCAGAGAGGAAACCCUCAGAAGAGGACUUCACUGUCAGAAAAAGUACAGCAGCUCUAGAGGAGGAUGCUCAGAUACUCAAAGUCAUUGAAGCUUAUUGUACCAGUGCCAAGACACGACAGACUCUUAACUCCACCUGGCAAGGAACUGACCUCAUGCACAACCACGUACUCGCUGACAACAGCCUCACAGUGGCUGGCUUGCCUGGCAACCCUCCGUGUUCUGACCAAUCAGAGGACUCGGAUUAUGACAGUAUCUGGACUGCCCAUAGUUACAGGACUGCCUCAUUUUCUCGCUCCAGUAGGAAGGACGUCCAGGUGUUGUUCCCAGAAGAGGAGAAGAUUAUAGUGGAGGAAACAAGGAGCAAUGGACAGACUGUAGUAGAGGAGAGGAGUCUGGUGGACACUGUGUACAGCCUCAGAGACGAAGUCCAGGAACUCAAACAGGACAACAAGAGGAUGAAGAGGACGCUAGAGGAGGAACAGCGGGCAAGGAAAGAGCUGGAG